AUGGCUUUCGGGCUGACCAUGGGCACGGAACGUGCCACCGCGCUCCAGAAUGCUAUCCAGGAAGAGCUUAUCAAGCGUAACUACAGUGCGGAAGCAGACCCUGUCAUGGCGGAGUAUAUCACUAUCAUGGUCAUCAACAACAAGUCUUCCGUUCAGAUCACCUCAGAGCUCGAAGAUCUCAUUGGCUCGGAUUUCGACGCCAGCUUUGUAGACUGGCUUUUUGCGGAAGCCAGCAAAGGUGCUCCAGCAACCGAAGCUCCCCCCGCGCCGGAAGCCUCGACAUCUUCCGCUCCUCCUGCACGCGACUCCCCCGACCUCCUCCCCCAUCAACAAGUCGACAACCGACGACCACCGAAUGGCCCGCGUGCCGGCUCUCUCCCAAGCCAUACCUUCCACUUCUCCUUCUGGCCAGAAACGUCCGCGUCUGCUCGCUCCCCGUCACCACAAGGCCAUCCGCCCUCGAAGGCACGUCGCACAGACCACCUCCCAACCGGUCCUCGAGCUAUGCAGCGUGGCGACCGUGGGGAGCACGGCCAGCGCAGCUUGCUCGAUCGCAUGGGCCCAAGAGGGCACGGCCCGCAGUUCAAUCCUCACGACGACGUCCAGGCACGUAUCGACAGCAUAACGAACGGACCGGUGGACCCCAGCAUGAUGAUGAUGAACGGAUUCCCCAUGAACGGCAUGCCGGGCAUGGACAUGGGUGCAAUGAGCAUGGCCAACCCGAUGAUGCUCCAGGAGCUCAUGAUGUCCCAGAUGGCGAUGAUGUCGCAAAUCGCUGGCGCUAUGGGCAUCAUGAACCCUGCGAACGGCCAGUUCAUGGGACCGAACGGGUUUCCGAUGCAGCCAGGAAUGGGCGACAUGAACGGGUUCAACGGGAACGGGAUGAACGGAGGGAUAGGUCCCAGCGGGAACGAACGCGGACGUGGAGAGGAAGGGGUGGUCCAUUCGUGGUGCGGGAGAGGUCGUGGAGGACAUCACGGUCAGCCCAACAAUUCCGAAAACAUCUCUUCUGCCGAGGCCACCCCCGCCCCCAAUGGGUCGCACCCCCCGCGCCUACACCACAAGCAAAGUCUGCGCCCUCAGUCGCAGCGCCGACACCAUCACCCCCUCCACUUCGACUGGCUCCGCUCGCCCUGGCUUCGUUGCCCCCGAACGUCCGCAAUCACCCACACUCUGCAAGUUUGCUAUGAAGUGCACAAAUCCGCUCUGCCGAUACUCUCAUCCCUCCCCUAUCGCUACGCCGAGAGCGGCAUAGUGCUCAGCACUGAUGCCUGCGAGAAAGGAAAAGCCUGCAAGGACAAGGACUGCAUCAAGUCACAUGUCAGCCCUGCUGUCAUCAACCCGAACGCCGAGCCGCCGAAGCCCCUUGCCUUCACUCCCCCUGUCGCCGCCCCACACCCCAAAAUGCUGUUCCUUGCCGGUACGGUGCAGCUUGCACACGCCCAGGUUCACCCCGAGGGUCGCGUCCUCCCAGGUCAAUUCCACCGAGGACUCGCGACCGCUCCGGGCACAGGUGCCGACAGCCCGCACAAGACGGUGACGUUCAAGCGGCCGGACGGGACGCCGACGAGUGCGGCGGAGCUGGAGAAGCAGGUGAAGGAGAUGGAAGCCCGCAAGAACGAGGCGGAGAAGGCGAUCGCGCAAGCGCAGAACGGCAAGAAAGAGGAGGGCGCGCCCGCGGUACCCAUUUCCGCGUAG